UUCCCUCCCUUGGGAAGAGGGAUCCAUCCUACGUUAUGAGGAGCUGCAUUUUCUCGCUCACUUCUCUAUUGGAGAUUUUUGGGACGCUUUAGAAGUAGUGGCGUCGACAAGCUUCUAUCGAUUGCGCGGGAUGAAACGCGUUAUUAUUUUGCCAAUGAGCCAUCAAAAACAGACGUUUCAUUCACUGCACACUUGAGACUUUCGAGAGAAAAAAAUAACGCGUGUUCUUCGCACGCACAGACUCUGUUAUCACUUGUGGAGCGGUUUGGAAGUUGUAACACUCUGACUCCAGUGUUCAGUAUCAGUAUCAGCUGUAUGGGAGGAAUGUUCACAGUGAGGAUGUAUCUAGUCAGGAUUACGUCUAAUGCACUGGUGCAUUUCACUAAAACUCGUUUCUUAAUGAUGUCCAUCUUCCUCGCGACCUUUACAUAUGCAGUGGCUGAUAUUAACCUGUCAGAGUCUGGAGAGAUCGAAGCUUUAGCUGAAGCUCAGAGCGGUGGUCUGCCAACAGCUGAAGGUUAUUUCCUGGAGUUUGUGGAGCCGCCAAACAAUAUAACCAUAGUACAGGGCCAGACGGCCACUCUGCACUGCAAAGUAGCGGGCCACCCGCGGCCCAGCAUCCGCUGGUUAAAGAACGAUGCUCCGGUGGUACAGGAGCAGGGCCGAAUCUCCAUCCGCAAGACAGAGGCUGGAUCCAAACUCCGCAUUCAGGACCUGGACACAACUGACACUGGAUACUACCAGUGUGUGGCCUCCAAUUCUGUCAAAGUCAUCUCGGCAACUGGAGUGCUCUAUGUGCGACUAGGACAAUCCCCGACGCAUGGGGGAGCAGAUGAUUCAACGCAUGAGAAGGGCUUCUGCCAGCCGUACCGAGGCAUCGCUUGUGCUCGCUUUAUAGGAAACAGGAGUAUCUAUGUGGAGUCUCUGCAGAUGCAGGGAGAAAGUGAAAACCGCAUCACUGCGGCCUUCACUAUGAUUGGCACCUCCACUCAACUCUCAGACCAGUGUUCUGAGUUUGCCAUUCCGUCCUUCUGCUACUAUGUCUUCCCGUUGUGUGAGGAGGGCACCAGAGGUCCAUGGCGGCGCCAACUCUGCCGCGAUGAGUGUGAGGCAUUGGAGAACGACUUGUGCAAUGCCGAGUAUACCAUUGCACGCUCCGAUCCCCUCAUCCUCAUGCAGCUAGAGUUGCCCGCAUGCAACCUGCUUCCCCACCCUGGAUCACCUGAAUCAGCCAGCUGCAUUCGCAUUGGCGUGCCACCCCAGUAUUCACCCCCAGAUCACAGCUGUUACAAUGGAAGUGGUGCCAACUACAGGGGCACAGUCAGCGUGACAAAAUCAGGGUACCAGUGUCAGCCCUGGAGUGCCCUAUAUCCACACAGUCACCAUCUGACCCCUAUUGAGUACCCUGAACUCAGAGGAGGGCACAAUUUCUGCAGAAAUCCUGGAGGGCAAAUGGAGAGCCCUUGGUGUUUCACUUUGGACCCUAAUGUUAGAGUGGGUGUCUGUGACAUUCAUCCCUGCCAACCCCCAGAGAAAAUGAAAAAGGAGAUACUUUACAUCUUAAUUCCCAGUAUAGCCACCCCUCUUGUCAUUGCCUGCUUAUUCUUCUUGGUCUGUAUGUGUCGCAACAAACAAAAGGAGUCUGCUGACACGCCUACUCGCCGACAACUCACCACCUCACCAAGUCAAGAAAUGGAGCUGCCUCUUCUUAAUCAGCACAAGCAUCAGGCAAAGCUGAGAGAAAUCAACCUGUCUGCGGUUCGAUUCAUGGAGGAGCUUGGAGAAGACCGUUUUGGCAAGGUGUACAAAGGUCACCUCUAUGGUACCGCCCCAGGUGAACAGACCCAGGUGGUGGUCAUAAAGACAGUGAAAGACAAGGACGAAGGUACCCUGCGGGAGGAAUUCCGCCACGAGGCCAUGCUCCGUUCCCGCCUACAGCACCCCAAUAUUGUCUGCCUUUUGGGCGUGAUGACUAAAGACCAGCCCAUGAGUAUGAUCUUCAGCUACUCUGGACACGGUGACCUCCACGAGUUCCUGGUCAUGCGGUCCCCCCACUCAGAUGUGGGCAGCUCUGAUGAUGACAAGACGGUCAAAUCCACCCUGGAACAAGCAGAUUUCCUACACAUCGUCUCACAAAUAGCAGCUGGAAUGGAGUAUCUAUCUAGCCACCAUGUGGUCCACAAGGAUCUGGCCACUCGCAACAUCCUGGUCUGCGAUAAGCUCAAUGUGAAGAUCCUGGACCUUGGGCUGUUUCGAGAAGUCUACUCUGCUGACUACUACAAGUUCAUGGGUACUAGUCCCUUCCCCAUCCGUUGGAUGUCCCCAGAAGCCAUAUUAUAUGGCAAAUUCUCCACUGAUUCAGACAUCUGGUCCUAUGGCGUGGUGCUGUGGGAGAUAUUCAGCUAUGGCCUUCAACCUUAUUGUGGCUAUUCAAACCAGGAUGUCAUAGAGUUGGUACGCAACAGACAAGUGCUUUCCUGCCCAGAUGACUGUCCGACCUGGAUUUACACACUUAUGUUAGAGUGCUGGAAUGAGUUCCCUGCGAGAAGGCCUCGUUUCAAAGACAUUCACGCACGUCUGCGCACCUGGGAGAGCUUGUCCAACUACAAUAGCUCUGCGCAGACCUCGGGGGCAAGCAACACCACUCAGACAAACUCCCUCAGCACGAGCCCCGUCAGUAACAUCAGCAAUGCCCGCUAUGUUAGUCCCAAAAAGGCAUCCCCCUUUCCUCAGCCUCAGUUCAUGCCCAUGAAGGGCCAGAUGCGCCCAAUGGUGCCAUCUCAGCUCUACAUCCCAGUCAAUGGCUACCAGCCAGUGCCUGCCUAUUCGUACCUGCAAAACUUCUAUCCCAUGCAGAUCCCCAUGCAGAUGCCUCCACAGCAGUUGCACCCCCAGAUGAUCGCCAAGGCUGGAUCACACCACAGCGGAAGUGGCUCCACCAGCACUGGCUACGUCACCACUGCACCGUCCAAUGGUUCUGGCACAGAAAAAGCAGCCCAUAUGAACGAAGAGCAAAAGGCAACCGAAGAGGAAAUAGCUGAUGGGGCCUCUCAAAAUUGUCUCCACAAUGAGGACCUAUCUGUUCCUGAGACAGAGCUCCUGGGGGACAAUGACAGUCCACAGACAGAGGACAAUGAUGUCAACUCAGAAGCAUAAGGCAACCUUUUGUAUCUGAUGAGAAAGAACAAUUCUGUAAACUGUGAUUUUUGUCAGUUUGGCAACAGUUUAAAAAAAAAAAAAAAGUGAAGGGAACCAGUUAUUAACCCAUGAACUUGCUGUUAUUUAUGGGGCUUUCUUUUUUGAAGAUGGUACUUUUAAAAUUAAUCUCAGCUUUACCCAUGAGCGUUGGUUUUCUGAGUGUUUGAUGAAGAAUCUGGCUUUCAGCUCUUCUGUUUUGGGUUCAGGAGCAGACAUGAUACAUAGACAGCAUCUUGGUUUCAUAUUUGAAUUGUUGCAAAGCUAUUCAGAAGAAUUUACGUUCUCACUGUUGCUGUGCAACAUGAAACAUCUUUUCAUUAAGGACAUCUAUUACUGUACCCAAUCACGUUAAUUUCCACACUGCUUAAGGCAGAGUUAUGGUCGUCUUGCAUUCCCACUAACAUAAGAACAAAAUUUCUAGUUUUUAUUUCAUUUUUUUUUGUUUUUCUUUUGAUUAACGCUUUGAGCUCCACUACAGGAAAAAAAAAUCUUGCUUGAUGACAUUGCAUGAUGAAAACUGCACCAUGGAUCACAAUAUGGAACUAUAAAACAAAUGGAUGAGCACAGACUUGAAUGCUCUGUUUUAGAAAUAGCUUUUUAAAACAUUGAAUACUUGUUGUAAAGAUUUGUAAUUUAUGUAAUUGAUUUGUAACUGGUUUGUAUUGUUCUACUAUGUGUCUCAUUUUCAGGCAGGUUUAUUUAGCCAGUAGUAUUACUUUAAAGUCAUACUGUAUCAACCAGAUACUUGCUUUCUACCCAGAUGUAAUUAACAAACAUUAACCAUAUACUGUGUAUAACAAGACACAUGGACUAUCCAAUAAAGUAAAACAUAACAUGAUAUUACUUUCAAAGU